AUGAAGCAAGCAGCCUCGAAGAAGGAAGCCGGGUUGAAGAUCGGUGGCUCGCAGUUGGGACUGGGACGGUACAUGGCUCAGAAAAGUAGGUAUAGUAUCAUCCUUUUGGCGUUGGUUGACCACCGGUACCGUUUCCGGUACAUAAACUUGGGAAGCCCCGGUAGGUGCCAUGACGUCAACCUGUACGGACGUUCAACACUGUGCGCACUUGUUGACGGUGAUCACUUCCAGUCUCCUGUGGUAGUGAUUGAAGGUACUGUCGUAGAGCCAGUUAUCUUGUGCGACCAAGCAUUCCCUUUGACUACACACCUGCUAAAGCCGUACGCCAGUGCCUCAAGCGAGACACGGGAAGCUUCCUUCAACUACAACCUCUCAAAGACGAGAAGAAUAGCCGAAAAUGCCUUUGGCAGACUGAAAGCUCGCUUCCGAUUUAUUAUGAAGAGAAUGGAAUGCCACCUGCAAUGCGCAAAGCGAGCAAUUAGGGCCGCAUGUGUACUUCAUAACAUCUGCGAGGAAUUCAGAGACAAAGUUGAACAGCAGUGGGAGCACGAAGUACGUGAGCUUGACUCUUUCUAUGCACAGCCGGCUCGCAACACUGACGUGUGGAAUGGGAGAGGCGAAGAGGUCAGAGACGCACUGGCAGCCUACUUCUGGAAGCGGGAUCAGCGUGCAUCGGGAGCAGCUACAGCAGCCAGUUAA